UUGCAGAUAUAUGCCGUUUUUUUCCUGUUUAUGCGUUCGAAGCGUUGAAAACGUGCGCUCGUUUUGAAAUGCAUCAUCUAGCGAUGAAUUGAAAAAUUCAUUGUUGUGGAAUUCGUUGCUCGUCUUUGGAUCCUAUCAUUGCUAUUGCAAAAGAUCGUAUUGUUUAUGGUAUCCACGAGAUACCUCAAAAUGGAAUUUGGGAACUUUAAUAUCCAAAAAUUCGACCUGCAAUCAUUAAAAUGUCCCUUACGAAAAUGGAAAAUUGAGACUAGAAAAGGUAGGACAGAAACAGGAGAAGUACGGUAAGGUCAAAACUGUCACGAGUAACGGUAGCUAUACGUCACUUCUAUACAAUUUGUCAAAUGUUUAGGACGUGGUUCUUGAGUUUUAUCGAUCUAGCCCCAAAUUUAAGUAGAAAAUAAAAAUUAGGUCGAUUCUUCUUUAUAUAUCACCUCCAAUUAUUUUUAUUGUUAUUAGUACUUUAACUGCAAUCAAACAUGGCGGAAGGCGGUAAUGGGGAUGAGAAGCAUAUUAUGCCUCCUCCUCCUCCUCCUCCUUAUAAAUCGAUCUAUCCGGGAAUGUUGGAAGAUAUAUCGGACAAGUUCUCUGCGAUGGACGGUAAACCGAAAAUCAACAACGGUUUUACUGAUGGUAUAUCACUCAUUAUCGAAGCUGUAGAUUUAGCUGCUCGGCGUCAUCGUCAACAGCGUCGAAAAGAUGCCGCGCAAACCCCAUAUGUCAACCAUCCCAUCGGUGUCGCGUAUAUUUUGACAAGUGAAGGACAAAUAACCGAUACAACAACAAUCAUUGCUGCUAUACUACAUGAUAUUGUUGAGCAUACAAAAACAACUGAUGAAGAAAUUCGGAAAAUGUUUGGUGACGAGAUAGCAGAUAUCGUUAAAGAAUGCACAAUGGUUAGAAGUAUGAAGCGUGAAGCAAGAAUGAAGUCUGAACUGGAAAAGGCAUCGAAACUGUCGCAUAAAGCAAAACUUGUACAGUUGGCAGAUAAGCUGAAUAACAUUCGCGAUAUCGAGCGCGGUACACCAUUAGGCUGGACAAAGCAGCAUGUAACAGAAUAUAUUAUAUUUGCGAAGGAUUUGCUAUCGAAAAUCAGAGGGAUACAUGGUCCAUUGGAAUCAGCUCUUGAUGAUAUUAUCAAUAAACAUAUCAAGUAAUUUACGUACAUUUAGUUUAUUCGAUUUUCGCACUACUCCUAUCCGAUAUUCAUAAACGUUUCUAUAAUUGCAACACUAUUUAUUCAAGUGUAAUGAGAAAUAAUAAAGUUAUCAUAUUGGUCACUUAACAAGGGUCUUGAUGGAUUUCUUCGGAACUUCCAAAGAAAAUGUUCAGCUGAUGGAAUUCGUAUAGUUACUAAUCCGAUUUAGAUGUGAUGGAAUUUCAUAUCAGAUAUCCUG